AUGGAUGACUGUGAAUCAGACAUAUUACUAAAAGAACUCGAGGCUGACUACUCAGACGCUCUUAAAUACGUAGACCGCGAAUUAGAGAAGAAAACAACAACAAUCACUGUUGAUGAUUAUGAGCGAAUACAGAAAAUUGGCCAGGGAACAUUUGGUGAAGUAUUUAAAGUAUGUCACAAGGUUACCAAACAACUUUAUGCUCUAAAACGUCUUAAAAUAGAACAAGAAACAGAAGGUUUUCCAGUUACUGCAUUACGUGAGAUCAAAAUUCUGAGUUCACUUUCCCAUGAAAAUAUUGUGCGCUUAAGAGGUGUUUGUCAUAAAAGAGUCUUGUACAUAAAUUACAGAUAUGAAUUCUAUCUUCUGUUUGACAUUUGUGAACAUGAUCUCGCUGGAUUGCUGGCUCAAGCAAUUGAAUUGAGUCUACCGGUCAAGAAGAGCAUUAUGCAGCAACUGCUUACGGGACUUAGCUUUUUACACAGGAACCAUGUUCUUCACCGGGACUUAAAAUCAUCUAAUAUAUUAAUUGACCGUGAGGGUGUUUUAAAAAUAGCAGACUUUGGACUGGCCCGGUUGAUGUCCAGAUGUAUUAGACCUGACCGUCCUUCUCGCUACACUGGUCGUGUAGUAACUUUAUGGUAUCGACCGCCAGAAAUUUUGCUCAAUGAUCGUUUUUACGGGCGAGCAGUAGAUAUCUGGGGUGCUGGUUGCAUUAUGGCUGAACUUUGGACCACUUACCCCAUUUUGCAGGGUGAAAAUGAGUUGCUUCAACUCAACCUAAUCAUUCAACUAUGCGGGUCCAUUACACCUGAAGUUUGGCCGUCAGUUCAAAAUCUAGAGACUUAUCAGAAAAUAAAACUACCCAAAGAGAUUAAACGCCACUUAAAAGAGAAACUGUUGCCACAGAUCUCUUGUCCUUCAGCGGUUGAUUUAAUCGAUAAAAUGCUUGUUUUAGAUCCAAGUAAACGUCUCAAAGCUGACCAGGCCUUAUCGCACGAUUUUUUCCGUGAAGAUCCACCUCCAGGUGAUUUGAGCUGCCUAUCAAAGAAUGGUGGAUCGUUUUUAGAGUAUUUAGGAAGAUGCAAUCUACCGAUACAACGUGGAAUAGCGAACAACUUCCGGAAUCCUGCCAAUCCGAAUUUUGCUGCUAGACAUGGCCCCGGUGGUGGACCUAAUCAACAAAUUAUUGCUCAACCCUAUCGAUACUGUGGUCUUCCAGCCGAUCAGGAUUCAUCUAACAUAAAUGAUCGUAUAUUUUGAUCAGAUUUCAUUGGUGUUGUUUUCACAAUUUCCAAAUUGUAUAUAGCUUUCCUGAUAACUGCAUUUCUUUUUUUACUACAACUUAAACAGUACGCACAAAGAGAGUAGGGUAUUAUUCAUUUUUGUGAUAAACGGGGUUCCACUGAAUCUCUGUCAAAUGUGAUUUGUAUUUUUUUUUAUUUGCCUUUGGUAUUAUUCAAAACUGUGAGAUUUGUAUUUUUUUUUCUAAAAGAACAAUAAAUAGGUAAAUAAAGGAGAUUGACGAAAUGUAAUCAACCACUAACCGCAGUGCAUUUUUGUACGUUACUCUCUUUUUAUAGAAGAAUUUUUUUUAAAGAAGAAUUCCAUUUUUUGCCAG